UUUUCAUUUUGUGGCACGGUUUUAUAUAGCGGUGGUCUUUGCUAUUAUCGAAUGUUACUGGUUUUGCUCAUUAAAGAGACAACAUAUUAUAAAUAUAGUUAUCUAUUGGUGAAAUUCAAAUAAGUUAAAGUUAUGUGUUAAUACCGAGUAAUUGUUGACUUCCUUGAGUGGAACGGUAAUGUCCAUCGCUAAUCGGUAGCGGGUAGCGCGGUCGCGAUGCCGCUGCCGAAGCGCUGCGUGGAGCCGGUGCACGUGUCGCGCGGUACUGUGCCCGAGCGCCUGGCGGUGCCGUCCGAGUUGGAGGCGGUCACUAACGGCACCCUCGCUAAUACUGUCAGGCAAUUAUCAUCCCUCUCCAAACAUGCGGAAGACAUGUUCGGCGAGCUCACGCGCGAGGCGACCGGCCUGGCGGAGCGCACCAACGUGCUGCAAGCGCGGAUAGACAGACUCGCCAUCAAGGUGACGCAGUUGGAUUCUGGAGUUGAGGAGGUGUCCCUCCAAGACAUACAAAUGCGGAAGGCGUUCCGUUCGUCGAGAACGUUCCAGCAGCAAUUAUUCUCGCGUACCACAAUGCCGUCGGCCAUGUUGGCGACGUACGCCCGCUGCGACCGGCCGCCGCCGUUAGAAAGGCUCAACGAGUUUAGAGAUGACGGCCGCGAUGCGAGAAAGUUCUAUACAGACCCAGAUUACUUCUUCGAACUGUGGCGAAGGGAGAUGUUGCAAGAUACGGAGAGGAUUCAGCAUGAUAGGGGGAAGAAGGUGCGCCAGCCACGCAGCGGCAACGCGGAGGGGCGCGGCGCGAGGCGCGUGCGCGUGCCGCACUCCACGCGCGACCGCCAGAAGGCGGAGGUGGUGAACCGCGGCGAGCACAUCAUGGCGCCCACGCAGCUGCGCCGCUACAACAUCGAGCCGCAGUACCGCCCCGACGCGCUGUACCAAGCGACUACAGUUACGGAUGGCGGUUAUCGUACGCCACAAAAUAGGCCGCCGUCAUCGCAACCUGCAAGACCUAAUUCUAUUGAAAUUGAGAACCAACAGAAUAGGCCAUCAAGACUCACUGGAAAUGGACAUGUGGUGAACGACGAGAGCCCGUACGGGGGGGUGGAGCCGAUAUACGGCGGCAGUCUGGCAGGCACGCCGCGGCGCGCGCGGCCGUCGGUGCCGCCGCCCGCCCCGCCCGCGCCCCCCGCGCCGCCCGCGCCCGCGCACGACGAGCCGCACCACACGCCUACUAGGUAACACUCAUCUUAAUAUAAUAUAUAAAUCUCAUCGAGCCUGCCACCGCCGCCGCCGCCGCCGGACAGCGCGUCGCCGCCGCCCGUGAACGGCACGUCGCCGCCGCACCGCACCGCGCUAGAUGCGCACCUGGAUCACAUGCACGCUGUUAUAGGUAUGAUGUCAAACGAGGAGAGCCGCGCGCCGACCCCGCCCCCCGCGCCCCUACUCCCCCCCGCACCGCCCGCACCCCCGCCACCCGAGGACCGACCGCGUCCGCCUUCCCCCGCGUCUCUGCUGCGAGGGGCCUCAGCACUCAAGCCGACGGUGGUCGACCACCACCCGGCCCCGGAUCCGAGGUCCGAUCUGCUGAAGGCUAUACGGGAAGGUAUAAAGCUGCGCAAAGUGGAGAAGCGUUGCGAAGACAACGUGGGCAAGUACGACACGCUGCGCGGCGCGCCCGCGCUGCACGAUGUAGCGUCGAUCCUCGCGCGGCGCGUCGCCGUCGAGCAGAGCGACUCGGAGGACGACGACUCCGACCUCGACGACUCGGACGAGUGGACCGACUGCCGCGCGUGACGUUG